AUGGCGUCCGAGGGCGGUACGCUGAAGAUUACGCUGCUAGCAGGCCGCGACUUGUUGGCCAUGGACCGCAACGGGUACUCCGAUCCAUUUGUCGAAUUUUCUUGCCCACAGGCAGACCCUCCCAAGGUCCGAUCCAAAACCCAGAUGAAGACCCUCAACCCUGACUUUAAUGAAGUGCUCUGCCUCAACGCUCCCCGGGAUGGCAUUGUCAAGGUUGUCGUCUACGAUUGGGACCGUUUCUCUAAGAAUGACCUUUGCGGUGUUGCCACCAUCAAUCUGGACGAGCUGGAUCUGAGCUCCCAGCGCUACAAACUCGAUCUGCCUCUGACGUAUCCCGAGACCAAUGAACACGCUGGUUACCUCUUCAUGACGUUGCAGUACAGCGAUGGCAAGGGCCUCUUUGGAUUACCUUUGAGCGCCGCCUGCGAGCGCGAAGGCUCAGACGUACCCUCUAUCAUUACGCAGUGCACCCAGAUCCUGGAUGACUGCAAUGCCGCCAACCUUGAGGGCAUCUACCGCAUCUCCGGCGAUGCACGCAGUCUUACCAUUAUGCACGAGCGCUUAAACGCUGACCCGCUCUACCGUCAAAUCCCGGCCAACACAGACAUGGACCUUUACACCGUGGCUGCUCUCCUCAAGCGCUACCUUGCUGCCCUGCCCGAACCCCUCUUCACCAAAUUUCUCUACCCUGAGAUCAUUGAGGCUGUCAAGGAGAAGGACGAGGAGGCCAUCGUUGAUCGCUUGUGUGCAAUCAUGGUCCGGGUGCCUCCACACCACCGCGAUUGUGCCCACUUGCUCUUGUCCCACUGGCGGCGCAUUACGGCCAAAUCGGCCAUCAAUAAGAUGACGCCCACCAACCUGGCCGUGUGUUUGGCCCCCACCAUCCUGGCCCCGAAUGCAGGCAACGAACCUGCUGCCAUGAUGGCUGCUCUGAAAAACUCUGGCCUUGACACAAAGGCAGUCACGUACAUGCUAACACACGAUCGAAUCGUGGAAGCUCUGAGCUCUGUCCGCUAUACCCCGGCGGUCAAAGUUCCCCUGUUCCGCGGCCGGAGCGUCCGUGGUCACGUCCACGACGUACUAUAUGGUCUCUUCAUGCAGCAUGCGCUCGAUGGCGAAUUCCUGACGAUGGAGGAGUUUCGCAAAGCUGUUUAUGAACUGGGCCUGGUGUGGUCAUACGAGCUUGAGGACACCUACGACUCCAUGGCAACGGGCAUGCCUGGGGUGGAUCUUGCCUCUUUUGAAAAGUGCGAUGCCUCUGACAAUGCGUUUAAACUGACCGUCUGCCCAUGUCGUACAGCUUACUCCAUGCGCUGUGUUUUUAUACAGCUGCGCUUUGACACGGAUGAAAAUGGUACCCUGAGUGAGGAUGAAUUUGUGCCUCUCUACGAGUUUCUGUCUGGGCAAUAUCCCGAUCUGUCAUCCUCUUCAGCCCACGAAACCUUUUCCCGUCUCUGCGAUCCCACACACAAAGUUAUUACGUAA